AUGAAAGUCUUAAUUCUAUUCUGCUUGACUGGUGUUGGGCUACUCUUCACCACCGCACCAGCUUAUGCGCGUACAGUGCGGAAGGACAACAACAAUAAAAACAACAAACCUUUGAAAGAGCACCCGGUUGAGGCUUUAGUGGCAAUAUUGAAGAGUAAAGUAAAUGCUACGAAUACAAUGGAAACCACAUUGGAACCACCACACACCACAAAAAGAGCAAUUAGGCUUGGUAAAAAACAACGACCGAAUAGUAAAUUUUUGCAAAAGCCCGAGGAUGCAAUUGUUGUGCCGCAACACACUGAAAAUAAUGAUGAGUUAGAUUUAGUUGAGAACACAACCGAAUCGCCGAUGCGCCAAUUGACCACUGCAGAAAGCAACAACAACAACAAGAGCGAAGCAGCUGUGGACCACACUGGAUUAAACGCUCAAUUGAGGGAGAAUAAACAACAGGAAGUUGAUAAUGAAAAGCACGCGAAAGCAGAGCAAAGUAGCACUGAAGUGUUGGGACCGGCAGAAGGUGCAAGUGGCGUAAAGGAAAAUACACGAAAACAAACACAAAAACAGAAGCAAGAACACUCGAAAGAGCAAAAAGAAGCUUUGCAUAACAAAAAAGUGCUAAAUUUAAACGAAAUAAGCACGAAUAAUAGCAAGGCAGAAGUCAAUGGAAAUCUCAAAAAUAAGAAGCCAACAAACAACAACGCCAAUAAAGUUAACGCAACUAAAAAACUCACGAAUAAACCAAAACAACAACCGUUAAAAGCUCGAAGCAAACAAAACACAACCACAACAACGGCACCUAAAACUAACCGUAAAGUGAACACAGGCGGGAAUAAAAAUAAAAAACCAUCUUCCAAGAAUAAGACGAAAAAAUCGCAAGCACUUGGAAAACCCUCCAAAAGACGAACUAGGCGCAAUCGAUUUAAGACACCUUUAAAAAGACGACCCAACAGAAGACGAAACUGA